AUGGGAAUGCGAGUUUCCUGCGUGCAGCACGAGCAGGGAACUUGGACAAGGUGUUGGAAUACUUGAAGGGUAGCACAGACAUUAACACAAGUAACGCAAAUGGACUGAAUGCGCUGCACUUAUCCUCCAAGGAGGGCCAUGUCAACAUUGUGCAGGAGCUGCUGGCCCGAGGAGCCGACGUUAAUGCAGCAACUAAGAAAGGAAACACAGCCCUGCACAUCGCCUCUCUUGCAGGCCAGAAGGAAAUUGUCAAGAUCCUGGUAGAGCACGGAGCAACCGUCAACUGCCAAUCUCAGAACGGAUUCACGCCACUGUACAUGGCUGCACAGGAGAACCACGAUGAAGUUGUCCAGUACCUGCUCGAUCACGGAGCCAAUCAGAGCACAGCCACAGAGGAUGGAUUCACACCUCUGGCUGUAGCCCUCCAACAAGGUCACGACAAGGUGGUGGCCGUACUUCUGGAGAACGACACGAAGGGACGUGUCCGACUCCCCGCCUUGCACAUCGCUGCGAGGAAAGACGACGUCAAAGCUGCAGCACUUCUGCUCCAAAAUGACCACAACGCAGACGUCACUUCCAAGUGGGCUGUCAAUGCUGCAACUGAGAGUGGCUUCACGCCCCUCCACAUCGCUGCACACUACGGCCACACCAAUGUCGGCACCCUCCUUCUCAACAGAGGAGCAAAUGUCAACUUUGCAGCCAGAAAUGGCAUCACACCACUGCAUGUGGCAGCGAAAUGGGGCCGUGUCAACAUGGUCACCCUUCUGAUGGACAGAGGAGGGGCUAUCGACAGUAAGACAAGGGAUGGCCUGACGCCCCUACACUGUGCUGCCCGCAGCGGACAUGAUCAGGUCGUUGACCUGCUGUUGGAGAGAGGAGCCCCCAUCCUUGCCAAGACUAAGAACGGCCUGGCUCCCCUGCACAUGGCUGCCCAAGGAGACCAUGUGGACAGCGCUCGUAUUCUCCUGUACCACAAGGCACCCGUGGAUGAAGUCACUGUGGACUACCUGACUGCUCUCCAUGUGGCUGCCCACUGCGGACAUGUCCGGGUGGCCAAGCUGCUCCUGGACAGGAAGGCAAACCCCGAUGCUCGGGCUCUGAAUGGUUUCACCCCCCUACACAUUGCAUGUAAGAAGAACAGGAUCAAAGUGGUUGAACUGCUGCUCAAACAUGGCGCCUCCAUCCAUGCUGUCACUGAGUCUGGUCUGACCCCCAUCCAUGUUGCUGCCUUCAUGGGACACAUGAACAUCGUCCUCCUUCUGCUGCAGAACGGAGCCUCUCCCGACGCCACCAACGUGCGCGGGGAGACCCCUCUGCACCUGGCAGCACGUGCCAACCAGACCGAGAUCAUCCGCAUCUUGCUGAGGAACGGAGCCCAAGUCGACGCAAGGGCACGAGAGGACCAGACUCCACUGCACAUCGCAGCCAGACUCGGCAACGUCGAGAACGUCAUCCUGCUUCUGCAGCACGGCGCCUCGCCAGACGCAACCACCAAGGACCUGUACACUGCGUUACACAUUGCCGCCAAGGAGGGUCACGAGGACGUGGCUUCAGUACUGCUGGAGCACGGCGCCUCGCUGUCCAUGACCACCAAGAAAGGGUUCACCCCCCUCCACGUGGCUGCCAAGUACGGCACCCUGGAGGUGGCAUCCCUCCUGCUGCGCAGAUACGCCUCCCCUGACGCAGCAGGCAAGAAUGGCCUGACCCCCCUGCACGUGGCAGCCCACUAUGACAAUGUGAACGUAGCGCUUCUGCUCUUGGACCAGGGAGCAUCACCCCACGCAACUGCUAAGAAUGGCUAUACCCCGCUUCACAUUGCUGCCAAGAAGAACCAGAUGGAAAUAGCUACAACCCUACUGGAGUAUGGUGCUGAGGCAAACGCCACCACCAAACAGGGCAUUGCCCCCAUCCACCUAGCCUCACAAGAAGGACACACAGAAAUGGUCAACCUCCUACUAGACCGUGGUGCAAAGGCUGAUAUUACUGCCAAGAAUGGACUGACUCCCCUUCACCUGGCAGCUCAAGAGGACCAGGUUCCAGUGGCCUCCAUCCUGGUGAAGAACGGAGCUGAGAUCAACGCUCCAACCAAGGCUGGCUACACUCCCCUCCAUGUUGCCUGUCACUAUGGCAACGCCAAGAUGGUUGAAUUCCUGCUGCAGAAUGGGGCAGGAGUCAAUACCAAGACCAAGAAUGGCUUUACGCCCCUCCAUCAGGCAGCGCAGCAGGGCCACAACCAGAUUGUCCAGAUGUUGUUGGCUUACGGGGCCAAUCCCAACGAACCGACCAACAAUGGGAACACUCCUCUGGACAUCUCCAAGCGACUGGGGUACAUCUCAGUGGUGGACACCCUCACCGUUGUCACAGAAACAGUCACUAGGGAAAAUGUUGUGGAAGAGAAACAGAAGCUGAAUGUCCCUGAGACAAUGAAUGAGAGCUUCAUGUCAGAUGCUUCUGACGAAGAGGGUGAGGAGACAAUAACUGGAGACACCAUUGGCUACCUGACAGUUCAGGACAUCGGAGAGCUCGGUGACGACUCCAUCUUCAUUGGGGACGUCAAGGCAGAGAACCGCCUCAGCUACCACUCUGAAAGCCGGCUGUCUCCUCAGCAGCAGUACUAUACCCCAGCCCUAAGUGUGGAGAGUUCCCCACGGUCAUUUGGCUCUCGUACUGGAGGUUCUUACCUUGAAGGGAUGACUGAAGAAGUGAUGCAGGCAGUUCAGCUGCGUAGCGCUGCGGCCUACAAGGGCAGCGGCACACUGACGGGCACGGGAAGCUUCCGCGACAGCGCAAGUUUCGACGGGGCAACAGACAAUAUUGGCAUCCCCGCUACGCCCGUCCAUGCCGGUUUCUUGGUGAGUUUCAUGGUUGAUGCCCGUGGCGGCGCCAUGCGUGGUUGUCGCCAGCCCGGAUUCCGCAUCAUCAUUCCGCCACGCAAGGCCACGCAACCCACCCGCAUCACGUGCCGGCUGGUGAAGCGCCACCGCCUGCAGACCCCGCCGCCCCUCAUGGAGGGGGAGGCCCUGGCCAGUCGCGUCCUGGAGAUCGGACCCGCAGGGACACAGUUUUUAGGACCUGUAAUCAUUGAGCUGCCCCACUUCGCCUCCUUGCGUGGACGCGAGCGCGAGAUCGUGGUGCUGCGAAGUGACUCUGGAGAGAACUGGCGAGAGCAUACCCUAGAGGCAACUGAGGAAGCCAUCAAAGAGGCCCUGGAUGGGGGCAUGGAGGGGGAGGGUAAGCCUAACCCUUUCAUUUCGAGUGCAGAUUCAAAAGAAAUCGAGAGCACAGAGGAGCUGCAACAGAAGCGCAUUGUGCGCAUCCUCACCACCGACUUCCCCCAGUACUUCGCUGUGGUGACACGUGUCCGUAUGGAGACCAAGAUGGUGGGACCGGAGGGCGGGAUGCUGAGUUCCUCCGUGGUUCCACAGGUCCAGGCAGUGUUUCCUGAGGGAGCACUGACCAAGAAGAUCAGGGUGGGCCUACAGGCCCAGCCAGUGAAACCAGAGCUGGUGAAGAAGAUGUAUGGGAACAGAGUCUUGGUUAGCCCCAUUGUCACCGUGGAGCCAAGACGCCGCAAGUUCCACAAGCCCAUCACCAUGACGAUACCCCUCCCUUCUGCAGCAGCUCACGGCAUCGUGAAUGGCUACGGGGGAGGGGACACGCCAACCUUGAGACUGCUCUGUAGCAUAACAGAGGGAAGACAGCAGCCCUAUGGCGGUUCGCAAGGUGGUCCCAACCCAGCUCAGUGGGAAGACAUCACUGGCAGCACCCCGCUCACGUUUGUGAAUGACUGUGUCUCCUUCACCACCACUGUGUCAGCCAGGUUCUGGCUGAUGGACUGUCGCCAGAUCAACGAGUCGGUGAACUACGCCACCCAGCUGUACCGAGAAGUCAUCGCUGUGCCCUUCAUGGCAAAGUUCGUGGUGUUUGCCAAGACACAAGACCCGGUGGAGGCCAGGCUGAGAGUGUUCUGUAUGACAGACGACAAGUACGACAAGACGCUGGAGAAGCAGGAGCAUUUCACAGAGAUUGCGAGGAGUCGAGACGUAGAGGUUUUGGAGGGAAAGACGGUGCAUAUUGAGAGUGCAGGGAACCUAAUUCCGCUGCACAAGUCCGGCGAACAGCUCCACCUCAACUUCUAUGCAUUCCGCGAGAACCGUCUGCCAUUCCUGGUGAAGGUCAAAGACAGCAGCCAAGAACCAACAGGGCGGCUGUCCUUCAUGCCCGAGCCUAAGACAGCCAAGAGCAUCCCCCCUCCUCCUGCCAUCUGUAACUUGAAUGUUACAUUGCCUGAGCAUAAGAGGGAUUCGUUAGACCUAGAUGCCUUAGAGCCCAUCCAGGUGGUAGAUGCUAAGGUGCAAGAAGAAGUUGAGAGAACCAUCGCUGAAGCUGAACGAGCAGGUCAAGCAGACAGGAAAGAAGGGGUCCCCUCACCAGUCAAAGAAACAGAAGUCGUAACACUUGAGACCGUCACAGUCACAAACCUCCUGAAAGAGGCACCCAGUCCUCCAGAAGAAACAAUAGUGACUGUGGCAUCGCCCGAGAGAGAAGCCCCAGACCUGGUGGAGGAACCCAAGACAGACGUGAACCUUGAUGAGGUUGUGGAGUAUGUGCAGAAGAUGGAAGUCGGAGAGAAGGAAGAGAAGAAGGAGGAGGACUUGUCAGAGGAGCAAAUCAGUGACAUUGUGGACCAAUUCAUGACCAGCAACAGGCAGUCUGGUGCAGACUUCUUCCAGGCUCUGGAAGAGGAAGAUAAGCCUGUUGUUGAGGAACCGCCCCGAGAAGUACCAACUGAAGAGAUGCUCCACGUCGAUGCCAGCAGGAGUUCCAGCGUCUUCGCAGAGCCGCCUACUCCAGACAGGACCACCAGCUUUGACACCACAUCAGACGUGACGCCCGCAAAGUCACCAGAGGAGGAGGAGGCUCCUCCCGUCGCUGAGGUCAGCAUCAACGCAGUUGAGUCACCGCCAGCGUCGCCCAUCUCAGACGGCCCAGUGGAGGAGGUGCCGGAGGUGACCCCGCCCCAGGUGGUGUCUCCAGAAGCACCGGAGCCGUACACACAGAUCACCGAGGAGGUGGGGCCCAUCUCCGAACACAUCACCGUCACAACAGAGGUGGGACCCGAGGGAGAGGUGAAGACCAUCACCACAACCCAGAGGCGUGAGGAGAAGGUCAUCGUGGAAACCGUCGGAGAGGUGCCGCAGGCAGAAGUUCCAGCAGGAGUCGCCCCUCCAGGAGAAGAGGAGAGAGUCAUUCUCAGACAAAAACCUGACAAAGAUUCCCCACUCACCGAGAAAAGAAUCAGCACGGAAAUUGAGCAAUUCUUCAAGCGUACGAGCUUCGUGGAAUUCGAGCCUGAAGAGCCAGUAGUGUCAGCAGAAGAAGUUCCAGGUGUUUCAGCAGUGACACCAACAGAACCUGUAGAUAAGGAGCAGGUCAGUGAAGUCCGAGCUCAUGCUGAACCCGAAGAAGAAGCCAUAGUGCCAGCUAUAGUUGAGGCAGAAAAGAUGUUAGGAAGACCAUUGUCUUCUGAUGAAAAGGCCACCAUCCUGCAAGCAGCUCAUGCAACAAAAAGACCACUGUCAAUUGACGAAGUAAAAACACUUGUUGAAACAGUAGACAACUUUGGUCGCCCCCUUACACCAGAUGAAACAGGAAAGGUGCUGGAAGCUAUUAAAGUAGCAGAAAGAUCAUUGCAGCCAGAGGAAUGUUCAGCAGUCCUUCAGGGUGCCAGAACAGCAGACAGACCCUUAACCCCAGAUGAGAUUUCUGCCAUUGUUGGGGCAUACGAUGUAGUGAAAAGGCCCCUAUUUGAUAGUGAAAUUUCAACCAUACUUCAAGCAGUAAAAGCUGCAGAAAGACCACUAACACAAGACGAAGUGGCAGCUAUUGUGGAAGCCACAAAGACAGUGGAUAGACGGCUGUCUCCAGAUGAAACCAAGACCAUCCUUGAAGCAGCAAAACAAACAAAGAGAACUCUGACCAGAGAUGAAACUGCCUCACUCUUGGCAGCAACAGAAGCAUCAUCUGGACCAUUGACACCAUCUGGCGUCAAAGCUAUCAUUGAUGCAGCAAAUGCUGCAGGCAGGCCACUUACCCCUGAAGAAGCAACAUCAAUAUUGAAAGCUGCAGAAGGUUUAGGCAGGCCCCUUACACCAAAGGAGACAAACGCCCUUCUUCAGGCUGUCAACUCAACAGGGAGGCCAUUGACUCAAGAGGAAGCAACUUCUUUGGUUGAUAGUACGAAAGUUAUUCAAAGACCACUGAGUACUGGAGAAAUGACUACACUUCUUAAUGCAAGUAAAACUGCAGGUCGACCUCUGAAACCAGAGGAAAUCAGCACUCUGUUGGAGGCUGCCAAAGUGGCCGAGAAACCUCUAACACCAGCCCAGGCAGCAGCAAUCCUUGAUGCUACUCACUUUGUUGGUAGACCAUUAAAGCCAGAAGAAACACAGGCGAUAUUCGAGGCUGCAAGAGUAGCUGGCCAGCCACUGAGUGCUGAUGAUGCUGCAGCUAUCAUGGAAGGUGCAGAGCAGACAGGAAGGGUGUUACACCCCGAGGAAGCCGCUUCCCUGCUCCAGGGUGUGAAGCUGUCAGGAAGACCACUGACUAUUGAUGAGGUGGCAGCACUGCUGGAGGCAGCAAAGUGUGCAGGGCGACCGCUCACUCCUGAGGAAGUGGCAAGUAUCCUUGACGCCGUGAAAAUGACAGAAAGGCCUCUGAAUACCAAUGAGACAGCAGCAAUACUUGAGUCCACCCGUGUCAUUGGGAGUAGACUCAUGCCAAAUGAAACUGCCACAGCCCUGGAGGCUGCCAGGAUAGCUGAUCGACCUCUCAGGCCAGAUGAAACAGCAACUGUUCUUGAUGCAACAAGGAACCAGGGAAGACCGCUGUCUCGUGGGGAAACUGUUGCCCUUCUUGAGGCAGUGAAGUCCACUGGAAGACCUUUAACACCAGAAGAGACAGCUGCAAUCCUGGAAGCUGUGAAAUCAUCAGAGAAGCCACUUUCACCCCAUGAAACAACAAGUAUUCUUGCUGCAGCAAAGAUUGCAAGGAGGACACUUACACAUGAUGAGACUGCUUCACUUCUUGAAGCUAUGAAAGCAACAGGAAGGCCACUGACUCCAGUUGAAACAGCUGCUAUUCUUAAUGCCACAAGGGCAAAAGCAGGACCUUUGUCACCUGAGGAGACUGUUACUGUCCUGAAUGCCUCAAAAACCCUUGGCAGACCCCUUACACCAAAUGAGAAUGCAGCCAUACUUCAAGGUAUCAAAGACACUGGAAGAGCACUCAAUGCUGAAGAAAUAGCUGCAGUGUUAAAUGCUGCUAAGACAGCUGGAAGAACACUGGCUCCUGAGGAAGUUACAGCAAUCGUUGCCCCACAGAAACUCAAAGAAAGUGUUGUCCUGCGAGAGAAAAAGUCACCUAUCACAGAAAAGAGAAUCAGUCAAGAAGUAGAACAGUUCCUGAAGAGAACCAGUUUUGCUGAAAUGGAGGAUGAACCAGUUGUCUUAGAACAAGCUGCUGCAGAGGACAAAGCUGCUCCUCCCGGUGUCAUUGAAAAAGCUGAAGUAGAAACAACAAGAGAAGUCAAACCAGUCCCUUCAGCUGACCAAGCAGCUGUUGAUGCUUUAGCAAAGGAAAUUGGAAAGGAUCUUUCAGAUAUUGAAGCCAAGACCCUGGCCACUGCCAUCCAGAAAAUGCAGAGACCACUGACAGUGGAAGAAGCACAAAAGCUGAUUGAUUCUACAAAUGCAGUGGGUAGACCACUCACACCCAAUGAAAUCGUUGCCAUAGUUGACACAGCAGGUGCUGCAGGUAAACCGCUGACUCCAGAGGAAACGAAAGCUCUGUUUGAAGCAGCCAAGAAGACUGGAAGAAAAUUGUCAAAUGAGGAGGCCGUUGUACUUCUGCAGAGUGCUAAAACAGCAGGAAGGCCUCUGACUCCUGAUGACACUGAAACAGUUAUCGAAGCAGCCAACCAACUUGGGAGGGUUUUAACCCCUGACGAGAAUGCAGCUCUUCUUAGUGCUGUACAAUCAAAGGGAAGAAUACUCACACCUGAGGAAAUUACUGCUAUCCUGGAUGCCGUAAAAGCUGCUGGAAGACCAUUGACUCCUGAAGAAGUAGCAGCUGCCCUGGACAAAGCGGAAACGCCACUCUCUCCAGAAGAUGAGGCUGCUGUCCUUGAGUCUGCCAGAGCCAUGGGCCGUCCCCUGUCACCAGAUGAAACUUCUGCUGUCAUCGAGGCAGCCAAAGCAGCUGGAAGACCUCUCACUUCAGAGGAGACAGUAGCUAUUCUUGAGGCCACUGAAACACUAGGCAGACCCUUGACACCAGAAGAAGCAGCAGCAGUUCUUGCAGCUACAAAGGCAGUAGGACGACCUCUGUCCCCCAAGGAAACAUCUGCACUGCUGAGUGCAGCACAAGUGGCAGGGAGACCGUUGACACCUGAAGAGGUCGCAGCUGUCCUUGCAGCCCAGAAAGUAUCUUCAAGUCCACUGACAUCAGAAGAAAUAGCAGCAAUAUUUGACGCAGGUAAGUCAGCAGGAAGGCCGCUAACAAGUGAAGAGACUGCUGACAUCUUAACAGCUGCCAAAACAGUAGGUCGGCCAUUGACAGAGAAUGAAACAGCAUCAAUUCUCACAGCUUCUGAAAUAGCUUCACCAUUAACACCAGAAGAUAUUUCUACCAUUGUUGCUGCCUCAAAACAGGCUGGCAGGCCGCUAACAGCAGACGAGAUUCUUGCAGUACUCGAUGCAGCAAAUGCAGCAGGACGACCAUUGACAGCAGAAGAAACUGCAAAAGCCAUUGCAGCUGUGCAGCCUGGUGAAAUGGAAGUCUUGUCAACAGAAAUACAAGAAGCUGCAGGAGGAGUACUAAGUGAGAGAGAUUUGGCUGUUGCUCAAGCAGCUAAUGCUGUUGGAAGACCUUUGAGCUCAGAGGAGACAGCUGCUGUCCUUGAAGUCACCGGAGCUGUUGGAAGACCCUUGAGCCCUUCUGAGUCAACAGACGUCAUAAAUGCUGUCAAACUAGGAGGGGGACAGUUAUCCCCAGAGGAAGCUACAUCUGUUCUUGAAGCGUCACGACAAUCUUCACCUUUGUCAGACGCAGAAAUUGCUGCAAUCCUAGCAGCUACUAAGGAAGCAGGUAGGCCUCUGGAACCCCAUGAGGUAGCAGCUCUUCUUAAGGCAAGUAAAGAGGCAGGCCAACCAUUUACACCAGAUGAGAUCUCUGCUGUUCUGAAGAAGGCAAGAGCUGCAAGGCCUUUGACUCCACAAGAGGCUGUAUCUGUAGCUGAAGCCUCACGACAAGCUGGUCGCCCCUUAACAUCAGAGGAGGCAGCCAGCAUUGCUGAUGCAGCUACUGCAAUCGGGAGACCACUAUCACCUGAUGAAACUGCCGCCAUUCUUGAAGCAGCAAAGGCAGCAGACAGACCACUGACACCUGAAGAAGCCUCUGCUGUUAUGAAAGCAGCAAAUACAGCUGGCAGACCUCUUAGUCCAGCAGAGACCGCAGGAUUCCUGAAGGCUGCCUCGUGUGUUCCCAGAGAACUUACAUCUGAUGAGGCUAAAUCCAUUCUUGAUGCAACAAAAGUAGCUGGAAAGGAGUUAACAUCUGAUGAGGUGAAGUCAGUGCUUGCUGCAUGUGACUCAGCCCACAGGCCGUUGAAUGAAGAAGAAAUAGACAUGGUCCUCAACGCCACAAGAGAACUGGAAAGACCCUUAACACCUGAAGAAGCUGAUAUUCUGCUACGUUACUCCAAGGAAGCAGGGCGGCCAUUGACAGGUCCUGAGGCAGCUGCCAUACUUGCCAAGGCAAAAGAAGGACCCCUCAGUCCACAACAAAUACAGGAAGCCCUAAAUGAUGUAGCCGCACAAGGAGCUGCAGAUGUUAUCGGCAGACCUUUGACAGCUGAUGAAAGAACAGCUCUUGAAGAGGCCAAUAAAGUGGCAGGAAGGCCCCUUUCUCCAGAGGAGUCAGCUGCUGUUGUAGAAGCCGCAAAAACAGCUGGACGUCCACUGUCGUCAGAUGAAGCAGCGGCUAUAUUGGAUGCAGCACACAGUGUUGGAAGACCUUUGACUCCAGAAGAGACUGCAGCCAUUCUGCAUGCAUCAGCAACAGCUGGAAAACCUCUAACACCAAGUGAAGUAGCUGCAGUCCUUGAAGCAAGUAAAGUUGCUGGAAGACCAUUGACAGGAGAAGAAGCAUCUGCCAUCCUUGAAGCUGCAAAGGCAGCAGGGAGACCACUCACUCCAGAGGAAGCUGCAGCUGUUUUAGAUGCUAUGAAGUCAGCAGGAAAACCACUGAGUCCUGAUGAGACAUCAUCUGUCAUCAACAUAGCAAAAGCAAUGGGCAGGCCACUGAGCCCCAAGGAAACUGAAGCUAUCCUAGAGGCAACAAAGGCAGCAGGAAAACCGCUAACUCCUCAGGAAGCCACAAACAUCUUGAAUGCUGUGGCAGCAGUUGGGAGACCACUGACCCCAGAAGAAACUGCAGCUCUCUUGAAAGCAGCAAAAAGUGCUGGAAGGCCAUUAUCACCAGAUGAGGCUGCAAGCCUGCUAGAAGCCCUGAAGGAGGCUGAGAGACCGCUCUCAGAUGAUGAGGUGUCAUCUAUUUUGGAGGCGACAGCAGCUGCAGGACAACCGCUAACUGGUGAUGAAAUGGCAUCAGUUCUUAGAGCAGCUAGGGCUGCUGGAAGGCCUUUGUCUCCAGAAGAAGCCAAAUCCAUCCUGGAUGCAACCAGAGUGGCUGGACGCCCUCUCACACCCAAUGAAACAGAUGCAAUUCUUCAAGCUACAAAGUCAGCUGGUAGGCCGUUGAGUCCAGAUGAAGCAGCUACAAUUUUGGAAGCUACCAAAUCAUCUGGAAGGCCUCUUACCUCUGACGAAUCAUCAAUGCUACUUGAGGCUGUUAAAGCUGAAGGUCAGAGUCUAUCCAGUGACCAAAUUGCUAAUAUCCUGAAUGCUAAAAACAUAUCGGGACAGACCUUAACACCAGAUGAGACGGUCUCUUUGCUAGCUGCUUCCAAAGAACAAGAAGGUGCACUUACACCAUCUGCAAUCAGUGGGGUUCUGCUGGCUUCUAAAGAAGCAGGACGACCAUUGACACUUGCAGAGAUAGCACAACUUUCUGUAGCAGAGGAACAGGAGCCUGUCACCCCAGAGGCAGUUGCCAAGGUUCUUCAGCCAGAGAUAAGACAGGAGCCUGAAAUAACACCAGAUGAUAAGCAAAAAGCAGAGGACGCUGCGGAAAGGACUCUUUCUCCAGAAGAGGUUGGAGCAGUCAGUGCAUCGGCUAAGUCAGCAGGAAGGGAUUUAUCUCCUGAUGAAGCUAAUGCUGUCAUUGAAGCAGCCAAGGUCACCAACAAGCCAUUGACACCAAAUGAAACUGUUGCUGUGCUAGGAACUGUGCAAACAGUUGGCAGACCACUUUCGCCAGACGAAGUUGCAGCGAUUGUUGUUGCCACACAAACAGCAGGCAGACAACUAACGCCUGAUGAGAUGGCUUCCUUGCUUGAUGCAGCAAAAGCCUCAGACCACCCGCUCACUCCACAAGAAACUGCUGCCAUUCUCCAGGCUACAAAGACAAGAAAAGAGUCUUUGACUCCUGAUGAAGUAGUGGCUGUUCUGGAUGUAACAAAAGCUGAAGAAAAAGAAGUAUCACCAGAAACCGUUUCAGCGGUUGUUGAGGUAACUAAGAUAGCUGGAAGGCCACCAGUAAAAGAGGAGGUUGAAGCUAUUAAAGAGGCUGUUCAGUCAACACCAGGAGCACCACUAAGUCUGAAAGAUCUUGCCCAACUAGUGGAUCCAUCUAAGCCAGCAGAAAAGCCAGCUGUCAAGAAGGAUGAUGUUAAUGAAGCAGCGGCUGUGGCAGGACGAGAAGUUAGCUCUGAGGAAGCAACAACACUCAUUGGUGCAGCCAAACUAGCUGGCAGACCUUUGUCCUCUGAAGAGGCUACGACAGUUCUUAACGGUGUACAGAGCCUUGGUAGACAGCUCACACCCAAUGAAACUAACAACCUUCUUGAUGCAAGCAAGAUCGUUGGAAGAUCAUUAACACCUGAGGAAGCAAGUGCUAUUCUUGACUCAGCAAAGGUCAUUGGAAGACCCCUUACUCCAGGUGAAAUUGCCACCAUCCUCAAUGCCUCAAAAUUAGCUGGAAAGCCACUUACACCAAAUGAAGUAAAAUCACUGUUGGAUGCUAAAAACGUGGCUAAUCGCCAACUUACACCAGAUGAAGUACAAGCUACUCUUGAAGCAGUGAAAGCAGCUGAAAGACCAUUGAAACCUGAAGAGAUUGCUUCCAUUUUUGAAGCAUCAAAUGUAGCUGGUCGACCAGUAGUCUCUCAAGAAGCCAAAAAGAUCUUGAGUAAGGUGGAAGAAAGUGGGAAACCAUUGACAACAGAAGAAGCUUCCCUUACUGUACAACCACAAAAGGAGAUUCCUGUGCCAGAAGAAGUUAGCACAGAAAAGGUGGCCCAAUUGCAGGAGGUUCUAGGCAAGCCUCUUUCUCUCAAAGAUGCUGCUGCCAUAACUGUUGCCCAGAAAGUUUCAGAACAAGACCUCACUCCAGAUGAGAUGAGCACAGUACACCAAGUCUCCAUCACCACAGAGCAGCCUUUAACUCCAAAUGAGACAAAAGCACUCAUUUCUGCAACAAAGUCUAGCAGACAAAGCCUCUCUCCUGAUGAGGCAGCGACAAUUCUUGAGGCAACAAAAACAGCAGGAAGGCCUCUUACCCCUGAUGAAGUGAAUGGUCUCAUUGAAGCUGUUAAGAGAACAGGAGGAAAACUUUCCCCUGAAGAAACAGCAGCACUUCUUGAAGCAAGGAAAUCAGCAGGAAAGCCUUUGACACCCGAUGAAACUGUUGCAAUUCUUAAAGCUUGCAAGACAGCAGGGAAACAGUUGUCUCCAGAUGAUGUUUCAACUAUUCUGCAGACAACGAGGGUAGCUGGCCGACCUACAGCACCCGCAGAGGUCACAAAGCUACUUUAUGCUGUUGAAAAAGAGGAAAAGCCUCUUACUCUGGAGCAAGUAGAGGAAUUUGUUGAACCUCCAAUUACAAUUGUAAGAGUUGUACCUGAUGUUUCUCCAUCAGACAUGAACGAGGCAGCUGCACUUCUGGGAAGAAAACCAAGCAGGGAGGAAGCAGCUGCUUGCAGGGAAGCUAAAGAAUCAGCAGGAAGGCCUCUUUCCUCAGAGGAAGCAUCAACCGUAGUAACAGCAGCUAAGACCACAGGCCAACCCCUCACACCAAAUGAAACAGAAACAGUACUUGAUGCUGUCAAGUCUUCAGGAAGGCAACUAACACCAGAGGAGACAGGGUCAAUGUUGGAGUCAGCAAAAACUGUUGGAAGGCCUCUAGUACCAGAUGAAACUGCAAGUAUUUUGGAGGCUUCAAAAACCACCAAGAAACCUUUAAGCCCAAUGCAGGCAAGCUCUAUACUUUCUGCUGUAAAACAGGCAGGCAGACCUGUAUCCGUGGAUGAAGCAGCGGCUACCAUCAAAGCUGUUGAGGAGACUGGAAGACCACUGAAACCUGAAGAAUGUGCUAAGCUUCUUGAGGCAGAAAAGCCUGAAGAAGAAGUCAAAGUUGCCCCAGAAUCCAUCAAAGAAGCAAGUGAACUUGUUGAGAGGACAGUAACACCAAAAGAGGCUGCCACAAUUGAGCAAGCAGCAAGAGUAUCUGCCAAGCCUUUGUCUUCAGAGGAGGCACAAGCAGUCUUAGAGGCAGGAAAAGUGACCAAGAAGUCUCUAACACCAAAUGAGGCUUCUGCGAUGCUUUCUGCUGUAAGAAGUCUGGGCAGAGUGCCCAAAGCUGAGGAGGCAGCAUCCAUCAUUGAAAGCACCAAGGUAGCUGGAAAACCACUGUCCCCUGAUGAAACAACAACAGUACUGGAAACCACCAAGAUAGCAGGGAAACCUUUAACAACAGAUGAGUCCAGCUCAAUUCUUGAAGCAACAAAGGUGACAGGAACAACAUUACCACCAGACCAAACUGUGUCACUUUUGGGUGCUGUAAAAUCAUCAGGAAAGUCCCUAACGCCAAAUGAAGCAUCAGCAGUAAUAGAUGGCACUAAUACAGUAGGCAAGCCACUAUCUCCCAACCAAGUGGCAACAGUUCUAACUGCAGCUAAAACAUCAGAAAGGCAACUGCGUCCAGAUGACACAAAAGCUGUUCUUGAGGGUUGCAGAGUAAUCGAAAGGCCAUUAACAGCUGAUGAAACUGUUGCUGUACUCGAUGCUGCAAAAACAUCAGAAGAACCCUUGACAACAAAUCAGACCAGUGGCAUUCUUGAAGCGACAAAGGUAACAGGAAGACCUCUGACACCCAAUGAAACAGUUGCCAUACUUUCUGUAGCAAAGUCAUCUGAUGAGCCUUUGACACCUAAUGCAGUAUCCUCUGUCAUUCAAGCAACAAAUAUUGCAGGAAGGCCUCUAUCACCAGAUGAAACAGCUGCCCUACUGGAAGCUACAAAAGCAGCAGGGAGGACAUUAAGUCCAGAGGAAAUCAACAAUAUUCUGCAUCCCACUAAACCAGAAGAGAAAGUAGAGGUUGCACCAAGUAUGGUUGAACAUGCUGAAAAAAUUGCUGGGAGACCUGUGUCUCCAGAGGAGGCCACAGCAUUGAAAGAUGCAUUAAAGUCUGCUGGACGACCUUUGACACCGAAUGAGGCAUCGUCUAUGUUAGAUGCCCGAGGAGUUGUGGGAAGAGAGCUCACUCCAAAUGAAACAGCAGGAGUACUUAAUGCAGUCAAGAUUUCAGGAAGACAGCUCAAGCCAGAUGAGACAUCUGCACUCAUAGAAACCUCAAGAAUUGUAGGAAGACCGCUGACGCCAGAUGAAACCUUGGUAAUCCUUGAUGCCACAAAGGCAGCUGAGGGACCGCUGACUGAAGAGCAGAUAUCAGGCAUUUUGAAUGCUGCAAAGUCACUCGGUCGACCUCUUACUAAGGAGGAAACUAAGGCUAUCCUUAAUGCCGCAAAAGUGGCAGGGAGGCCUCUCAGUCCGACAGAAACCUCAGCUCUUCUUCAGGCUAUCCAAGUGGCCGAGCGAACCACCAAAGCAGCAGGAAGGCCUCUGGCUCCCAUGGAAGCUGUAACAUUACGUGAAGCCAUGAAGGCACUUGGCAGAGAACUCACACCUGAAGAAAUAGUUGCAAUCCUUGACACAAUGAAGGAAAAGGGCAGACCCCUUUCUCCUGAAGAGAUGGAAAGCAUUGUUGGGCAGCCAGUUACCAUUGCAUUGACCAAAGAUGAACAGGCAAGGGUAGCUGCAGUUGCAAAAGCAGCAGGGAGAGAAUUCUCCCCAGAAGAGGCUGCUUCAAUUGCAGCUGUGUCUGAUGCUGCAGGACGGGAACUGACACCUGAAGAAGCAGGUGCAGUUGCUGCCAUUGCAGCAGCUGUUGCAGCUGGAAUGUUGACACCUGAAGAGGCUGCAGCAGUUCUGAAUGCUGCACGAGCUGCUGGACGAACCCUUUCCCCACAAGAAAUCGGAGCUCUGGUCAGAGCCACAAAGGCAGGUGGAAGAGCACUCACUCCUCAAGAAUCAGCAGAGAUUGCCAGAACCGCAAAGGAACUGGAUAGAGACUUGACACCAGAGGAAAUCCAAGCCAUUCUCUCUGGGAAGGAAGUCGUACCAUCUGUUGUUGUAGAGGGUGCAGAACCCGAGAUGAAGAUCACUGUACAGGCAGCUGCUGUACCACUACUGGCUGAACAGGCACCAGCCUCAUCUGAUGAGAUGUUACACAAGGAAGUGGAGGUCAUCACCACAAAGAAGCCCAAACCCAAACGCAGAAGAUGGCCAAAAGUGUAUGUUGAUACCAGCGAACCUUUGGAAGAAGAGAGUGGGGAAUUCUUUGUCAAGGUUUACGAGGAAGAUGAGGCGGCGACUCUUCGUGUGACAGAAGAGGUGCGCUCUGUGUCCCCCAUUCCUCCUGAAAUGGAACGGGUAGACCCCGUUUUAGAAAUCGAAGCCAAGACCAGCGUGGCUUCUAAGGUGAUCAAGAGAUCGGUCCUCAGAGAAGAAGAUGGUGAAACCAAAGUGAUCGAAGAGGUAAAGUUUUCGUCUAGUGAAGAUCCAGAGUGGGGAGUCAUGGUGGAAGCACCAGGUUGGGAAGAAAUGGAACAAGAGUGGGAAGGAAUGCCAGAAGCAUCUGCACGGCCUAGAGUCUUCAGGCUGAUUGAGCAACCUGUGGUAAUGGGUGCCAGCAGCCAACCGCAGCAGGAGAUCGAUGACCACGCCCUAGAGGAGGCCCUGCGCAUUGCCAGGGAGGUGAACGGAGAAACACAGAAAGUGUCCGAGCAGGUCUUCAGUGAUGACGGCACGGUCACUGUGACUGAGAGGGUCAUUGUGACUAAGACCACGCGGACCGUUGUUGCGGAGGAUGGGGAAGAAAUCGUCACCACGGAGACGACCACUUCUGGUCCCGAGGGAGACGAAGAACACGACGAGCUGCGGCAAAAUCUGAGGGAGAUCGUGGAAAGCAUGGAUGAACACGAGAGGGUCAUCCAUGGCGAGGAAGACGCAGAGGGAGAGCACCACAGCUAGAGAGCCUUGCUCACGCAUUGAAGUGUGUAAAGAGGAGUUAUAAUAACAAACAUUGGAUUCUCAUAUAACAAGAGGAUUGUUUGAAUAGAGAAAAUUGUACAAUAUACAGUUGGAGCAGCUUUCAUUGUCGCAAGAAGUCUCCUUUCCAAGGAGGUUGAAAAAAAGAUUUGCUGACAAAGAUGUGUAUGUAGUCAGAGUGUGGGACUGAUAAAGGAGGCUAUGUGGCGCUUUAUCCUGGUAUCGGGUGGAUGUGAAUAAUUUGGCAAAGUUCUCACACUAGCACAGCAAAAAAGGCUAAGGUUGCUUAUGCAUGAAGAAGUACACAAGAAUGUCACAGAUAACACAUUAUUCCCAGUGGCUUUGGAUAGAGUGGUAGGGGUGGAGGGAAGUUUCAACUAUGUGAAUAUACUGUUUGUUGCCUCUUACAACUGCAGUAGAACUAAGACUUGUGAAUCAAUUAAUGUAAUCUAGUGAAUAAGUCCAAUAAUCAGUGACUGCAGAAAUGUUUUUGAUUCUAAGUAUAGUGAAUGUCACAAGCUGGAGGAAACUAUGGUCCUUCAAUCGGAGCAUAUACAGCCUUUCUCUGUCCCCUGAUCAUGAGAGAGGGGAACUAAGGGAUCUACAACAGAAAGGACCAAUAUAAACUUCUCAACUUACUGGCAUUGUAUUCUCAAUUGUCUGCUUUUGAAUCAAGAUUUUGAACUAUGUGAAGAGAGGAAACAAGCUAACUUGUUGAAGAAAAUCAAUACAUAGGACGUCACCAGUAUCAUAGUGUGUUCACUAAUGCUUUGACAUAUAUACAGUUUACUAAAUUUCUCAAGCCAGGAAAUAUCGUCAGUACUGUAAGAUUGAUUAAAAAAAUAUGUAAGCAACUGAUUUUAGAUUCUUUGCAGAGAUUUUAUCGCAUGUUAUUGUAAUCAUUUUAACCUCUACAAUAGAAAGUGAUUUUAAUGCUUCUAUCCCAUAGAACAAUUUGAAUGUAGGCCCUGUUUUGAAUGAGAUCUCACAGAUGCUGACAACUUGUGUGGCUAAUGUAUGUACAAAUUCUCCCAGAAAGGACCGAAUUUUCUAUAUUGGCGUGGCCAAGUUCUCAAAAAGUAUCUAGAUUUUGAGAACAUUUUAUCACCUGAAGGGUUGUAGCUAUAAACAUUAUUGUGUGUGAUGUCUGGUGAUUCCUGGUAGUCAUAGUAGAAAGAGUAUACCAAACUGUAAUGUCAUGGAUUGUGUGUUGCACCAUCAAGUAGGAACUGCUGCCAUGUUUGUAUGUGAGGACAUCCAGAUUCUGCUGUUUCCAAUAAAUGCUUUGUCCCUCCUGUAA